CGACAUACCUACAUCUACGGCAGCAUUCCCGCCCAGCUUUCUUGCUCUCAAUCUCACCCAGUUUAUAGCUGUAUAAUCAAGUUUCAGUGCCGCAAUACCUGCCGCAGCUCCUCAUGAUGACAAUUCAGGCCUCCAAGUUCACUCCAGAGGUUCUGCUCUCUGCCCCACGCAGGUCUCCUGGCAUUCCCAACCCCGCCGGCACCAAGGUGCUGUAUACCGUUUCGACCUACUCUUUCGACUCCCACCGCAAGACGUCCCAGACCCGAGUUCUCGACGUCGAGAGCGGCCACUCCGCCCUUCUCUACGAGGAAGCUUCUUACGGGGAUGCGACAUGGAUCUCAGACCGGGAGAUUCUUCUUCUGAGGACUGGUGAUAAGGGAACCACUAGUCUAUUAUUGGGAGACAUUACCAAACCAUCAGUAGUGACCGAAAUUCGCCAUUUCGAAGGUAGCCUGUCGAGCCUCAAAGUAAAACGAUUGUCGGACAAUGAAGUCGCCAUCGCCGUGUGUGUCUUGACAACCCCCGAGGGCUCCAUGUAUAACCCCGCCGCCGAGAAGAAGCAACACACAACCGGGAAGAUCUACUCGAGCUUAUUUGUCAGACACUGGGACACCUGGAUUUCCGAAAACCAGAACUCUAUCUGGUAUGGUCUUCUCCGGAAGGAUGACAAGACGUACAAACUGGAGCAUCCAGGCUUGGUCAACGCUCUCGAGGGAUCGAAGCUGCAGUCCCCGGUCCCCCCCUUUGGCGGCGCAGGUGACUUUGACAUCGGCAAGAAUGGCAUUGUGUUUGUUGCACGGGACCCCGAGAUCUCCCCCGCAAUAUACACGAAAACGGACCUCUACUUCGUUCCUUUGAAGGCUUUCACGGAGACAAAGCCGCCAGUGCCGCAGCUUGUUAAGACAAGUAAGUUGCGCGGAUACUCGGCAGCGCCCGUUUUCUCCAGGGAUGGGAAGAAGGUUGUUUUCACCCGGAUGAAGAGUGAUCAGUACGAGACGGACAAGCCAAGGCUCAUGCUGGUCCCAAACGUUUUCGAUCUUGCAAGCGUGCAAGAGUUCUACCAGACGGACGACGGCGCUGGCGGGUGGGACGCACGACCCGAGUGGAUUACUUGGAGCAAGGACGAUUCGGAGAUCUACGUCUCUGCAGAAGAGCACGGUCGAGCAAAGCUUUGGAAGCUUCCCUCAUCACCUCACGAAGCGAUAGACUUGCCAGCAGCGGUCUAUGAGGAGGGGUCUGUCAUUGAAGCAAAGCUUCUGGGGGACGAUGGAGAUAAGCUUUUCAUCAGCACAUCAUCCCGAGUCGAAAAUUCGGCUUACUGGGUUUUAGACCCGGCCAGCAAGAAGACGGAUCUUGUCUCGUCGAGCUCGAAGCAUGGCAAGUCUUUCGGCCUUUCCAGUUCCCAGUGCGACGAGUUUUGGUUCAAGGGAGCAGAGGGAUACGACGUACAUGCCCUGGUGGUGAAACCUUCGGACUUUGACGAGAACAAGAAGUACCCUCUUGCUUUCCUUAUCCACGGAGGACCACAGGCCGCGUGGAUGGACAGCUGGAGCACCCGGUGGAACCCGGCCAUCUUCGCGGAGCAGGGCUACAUUGCGGUCAUGCCCAACCCGACGGGAAGCACUGGCUACGGACAGCAGCAUACAGACAACAUACAGAACGAGUGGGGUGGCCGCCCGUACGUCGACCUGGUCAAGUGUUUUGACCACAUUGAGAAGAACAUCCCCUACAUUGACUCAGGCAACGCCGUCGCUCUGGGCGCUUCCUACGGAGGCUACAUGAUCAACUGGAUCCAAGGUCACGAGCUUGGAAGGAAGUUCAAGGCAUUGGUGUGCCAUGACGGCGUGUUUUCGACGCUCAACCAGUGGUCCACUGAGGAGCUCUUCUUCCCUCUGCAUGACUUCGGCGGCCCUCUCUGGGAAAACCGCGAGGGCUACGAGAGAUGGGAUCCUGCCCACCAUCUUGAUCAGUGGUCGACACCUCAGUUGGUCAUUCACAACGAGCUGGACUACAGGUUGCCCAUCUCGGAAGGUCUGGCCAUGUUCAAUGUUCUUCAAGCCCGUGGGGUGCCCAGCAAACUGUUGAUGUUCCCCGAUGAAAACCAUUGGGUGUUGAAACCCGAGAACUCGCUUGUCUGGCACAGGGAGGUUCUGAACUGGAUAAACAAGUACACGGGCAUUGAUAAGUCUGGAAAACUGGCUGUUAGAUAAAGAAAGGUAAGACUGGUAAGGCCAAUGGCCGCUUGUCAGCCCAAUUGCCGCGUUGUCUAGAGAGAUGCCAUUUUCCUAAUUCUUUUGCUGGCCAAAAGUAUGGAGAAAAUAAAAUUGUUGUGCCUU